AUGCGAGAUCAAUCUCAUACCAACCUGCCAAGCAUUGAUGGGAUGCAGAAGCAGCCAAAAGGCAUCCUCAAAAACAGGCCAUGUUCCCAAGGCACCCCGCCUCAGACAUCCCCAACUAUCUCGGGCAGUACUAUAAGCCCCCAGCCUCCCAUCGACACCAAAGAGCUCACGCUUCAAAACACAUUACAAAAUGCGGGCCGCCCCACCACCAACCCCCGAUCUUCAAUAUCCCGCCGCCAAUCGUCCGCCUCACGCCCUAACGGCGGAAUCCACACGGAUGGUGGUGAUGGUGAAAACUCCCCCCGUCUAAAAUGGGACGAGGUAAACCUCUACCUCACCGAACAAGAGCGAACUUCAACCAUGAAGAUCGACGAGCCAAAGACACCUUAUGCCCCCCACUAUAACCCAGAUGACGAUGAGGAUGAUACCGACAUGGAAAUGGGUAUCGACACCGACGACCUAGCCGUCGAUGAGCUGGAUAUGUAUAGAACGCGCAAGCACGGUGUUCGUGACGAUGACAUCCCCGGCUUAGAGCUGGGGGAGCUGGAGGAGUCUGGGUGGGUGGAAGGGCCCCCGAGUGGGUCCGGUAGAAUUACACGAGAUAAUCGUCGCAUGAGUGAUGGGAGUUCAGGACGGCCGGGGAAGCAUGUUGUUGUAGGGGAGGAUGGGAGCGCGGACGACCGUGCUGCAGAUCAUCAUAGUCCGGAAGCCGGCGAAAAGCAUCGUGAUUUCGAGGAGAAGCGGAGGAAGCACUAUGAGAUGAGUAUGGUAAAGGGGCUACUUGGACAUCCCGAAGACAUCGACGCUCUUGCAGGAGAUGAUGACGAUGAUGAAAGCAAUGAACAACCCCCGCCCAUGCCAAAGAUUCCGAAUGAUUUCACAAGCACUCAGUCCCAGCGGUGA